CCAAAAAGAAAAGUAGGUUGGAAUCAUCUUUUCCUUCCUUUCAGAAAGUUCAAAAUGAGAGUCCAUUAUCUACCGGUCACAGACACAUUGUAAAUAUGAAAAACACAGAAAGCAAAAGAAGAAGAAACACUAACAUCCCUUUGCUUUUUCUUUCUCUAUCUAACUCUGCUUUUCUUUGCUCUCACUCAUUCCGUUACACAAAUUCUGCUGCAUCAUAUAUAUACACGUCUCAUGGGACUGAAAUCUCUCACCUUGUGAUGUUCACUUCCCACUGAUUUACAUUGACUUUUAAUCUUUUAUACACUUCUUCCCUUGCUGAAGCUUCCUGUGCUGUUUCACAUGACACAGAUACUAGAACCUUCUUUCUUUCUUUCAUUUGCCCUGAGCUACACAUGAAUUUUUUCCCUGUUUCUGUGCCAAUGUCCCAUGAUUCAUCCUGUUAUUAAAUAGAAUUUGUUGCUUGAAUAGAAAGAUUUUGAGUCUUAGCCACAGAAAACUUGAGUUGAAGAACAAGAUGAAUGAGAGGAAAUUGGAUAUUAAUGCUCCUCUUAUGUCUGUGAGACGCUCUUGUGCCGCAUCACCAUCACUGUCCUUGACUGAGGCAAAGAGAAAGGUACUAGAGAAAAGGUGCACUCUUGCAUACUAUUUGGAUCAGGUAACAGAACCUGUGGCAGUGCCUUUCGAUUGGGAGCAUAUCCCUGGAAGACCAAAGGGUAAUCAUGGAUCUCAACCUCAACCUUCUAAGGAGUCUCCAAGUCUUGCCCCUGGAAAAUCCACAAAUGUUGCAGAAAGAAAAGAAGAAGAAGAUGAUGAUGUUUAUUCUGAUGCACUUGAGACACUGUCAUGUACAGAAUCAGCCUCUAUGAAGUGUAGUGCAAGUGGUGUUAGUGGAGUGGAUAACUUUGAUGCAGACAAGCACAGAAGCAAUGCUGGUGAUGAUAAACAAGCACAGGAUUUCAUGAUGAACCGGUUUUUACCCGCGGCGAAGGCCAUGACUGUCCAGCCUCCUCAAUAUGCUUCAUCAAGAAAGCAACAAUCUGUAGUGGCAGAGCAACCCAGAGAUGUUCUCAGAUUGGUUCGCGAGGAAAGAAAGUCCAUUGUUAACAAACACAUCACUGAUUUUGUGCCAUAUACUGGCCAAUGUCAAGAUGAAGAUGAUGAUGAUGAUUAUGGUUAUGAUGACUCUACAAGUGUUUCUGCUAAAGGCUGUGGAUUGUUUCCCAGAUUAUGUGUGACAAGUUCCUUUUGCUUGUUAAAUACAGUGCCUGGGAUGAAAAUGAGGGAUGAGUUUAACAUGUCUUGUGCAUAUGAGUAUGGAAAAGGAAAACCAAUCAAGAAGGCUUGGGAUGCUAUUCACAAGAGCAAAUCAAAGUGUGCAGCUUCAUCACCACACAAGCAUGAGUUAAGCAGAAAAUGGAGAAGUCAAUCAGAGAGGUUUACUUACUCAUCUGAAAUGAAGCAACUAGGUGGUAGUGGUAGGCUCUUUCACCGUUCCACAACUAGUUUCCAAAGCAAACCUCAACCUCUCUUUCCCAGACAUGCAAGUGCUACAACAUUAUCAACAUCAGUUUCAUCUUCUGUAGAUACAACGCAGAGAAAAGAAGACAUUAUCACUAUGUUUGAUACACAAACUAUUUUACUUCCUUCAAAGGAGAAUCAAGAACAAGACUCCAUGUCCUUGCAACUUGUGCAAACUUCAUUCGACAAAGAAACAAAGAUCAAUAACAACAACCGCAACAAGCAAAUUGUAGCAGUUGAUCAUCCUCAUCAAUUUGUUCCGGCACCAUUAUUGCCAAAAUCACCUUCUGACUCUUGGCUUAGCCGUGCCCUGCCAUUAGUUUAUAUGAAGAAUUCCGGCUUCCCACAUUCAAAUCGUGAGAAUAUGGUCCUUGCUAAAAGAGAAAGUUUGAAUGCAUCAUCAAGGUGGGAAACAAUGGUGAAAACUUGGAAUUUGCAUGAUGGUCAUGCAUACUGUUCUCAGGAGUUAACUCUAUACAAAUCUCAGCAAUCAAAAUCUUAAUCAUAAUCAUAUCAUGUUAUGUUAUAACACCGUUUAAUUAUUUGACAUUGAUGUUCAGUCAGUAUUUGUAUAAAUAGGAAUCAUGUAUCCCUUUCGAACAUUUGCUUCUUUGAAAUGGAUACAACAUAUCAUAAGCUGAAGUUCCUGCUAUUUUGUGCUUCUUUUAAUUUCUGGGUGUAUUUAAAUUGACAUUAUUGAUUGCUGUUCCUUGUACUUAUAAUAAUUAGCUGUUAAACUAUCUCA